AUGCAACGUUCAGUAGGCAAUAGACCCUCCUAUCUGCAUCUUUGGCACGAGUUUUUAAGUAUACAGCCGAACGCCAAGCAGUGGGCGCGAAAUCCUUUCUACAAAUCGACUGGUAUUAUGAACGUCUCUACCGUGUUUCCGGAAGGACUCACUGAAACCGAGAGGUCGCAACGUCAUGCAUCGGCGAGUGUAAAGGAUGACGAGGAGGUUCAGGAUAGAUACAAUCGUGCGAAAGACUUCGUCGGUCUCGAGGAGGUGACGAAGGUCGAGUUUCUGGUGAUGCUGUUCGCCGAGACCCUGGGAACGUUUCUGCUGGUCCUGAUCGGCUGUGCAUCCUGCAUCACGUGGACCGUGGAGAACCCACCCACUGUGGUGCACAUCGCGUUCACCUUUGGUCUCGCUGUCGCCAGCUUAGCUCACGUACUAGGUCCGAUUUCAGGAUGUCAUGUGAAUCCAGCGGUAUCAGUAGGCCUCCUAGUGAGCGGAUCAGCAGUUUUGAAGGUAAACAUGAAUCUAGUAUAUUUUAAAAAUAUUUCCAAAAUUAAUUAUUGUAAUUUUUUGCAGUUAUUGAUCCCAGCAAAGGCGACUACUCGAGGCUUAGGUGCUACGGACCUAAGUGGCACGGUCAGCGAAAGCCAAGGUAUUUUCAUGGAGGCGAUCGUCACAUUCCUCUUGCUCCUGGUUGUUCAUGCAGUGACAGAUCCCCAUAGAAGCGAUACAAAAGGAUGGGCACCUUUAGCGAUUGGAUUGACUAUCACCGUAGCUCAUAUGGCUGCUGUACCAGUAACAGGAAGUAGCAUGAACCCUGCCAGGACAUUAGGCCCUGCUGUCAUCUUAGGUCAAUGGAAAAAUCUUUGGAUUUAUUGGGUUGGACCAAUUCUUGGAGCUUGUGCUGCAGGUGGAUUGUACAAAAUAGCAUUCAGACGUAAGAAGGAGGACGAUGAAGCUUCUUACGACUUCUGAAAAGAAAAAUGAAUGUAAAUAUCGCUUAUACUGGAGACCUAUUUUUCUCGAAAUAGAAAACAAAUCAAAAUUGUGUUAAUGUCUACUGAAAGGAAGAUUAUUGGACUCAAUAUAUUAAGAAGCAUGUCGAUGGUGACUUUUGCGAAAAAAGAUUGUUCGAUUUAAUUAAUAUUUGAAAUUGAUAACGAGAUAUUUUUAUAAAAUGAAAC